CAUUAUUGUUUCUGACUCGCUCUGUCUGACUGUGUUCUUGCAUGUGGGUUCGCAACCUUAAAACCGACAUGACACAUUACCGGAAUGCCCGAAUUACUCGAAAGCAUUUGAGUAAUGCCUUAAAAAGCAUUACUGAAAUGCUUUUUAAGGCACUAAAAACAUUCGAGUAGUUCAAAAUCUAAAAUACCUAUCAAAUCUGAACUGAAUUACACUCCGUUCAUAAACUCUGUAAAAAAAAAAGUCUGCAAAGUUUUUAUUCUUUGUGUAAAUAUGCAAAAAGUAACCUUUUUUGGCAUUCAGAUGAACAGCAAUAUAGAAACUUGUCAAAUUUGGACUAAAAGGCUAAAUUAAGAUCUUAUUGGGGGGAAAUACAGCUUAAAUUGUAAAAAUAUAUAUAUAUAAAAAAUAAAAUAAAUAAAUAAACCUUAUAUUCUUAACACUGAAGGAACCCGUUUCUCAAUAUUCCACAUGCACCAUCAGGUGCAGAGGGAGGAGCUUUGCCCGGGGCCGCAUUCAUGCAAGAACCGCCACUGUUUGUUUUCUAGUCCAUUUCUCCUCCGAAUGCGUUUCGAUCUGCUGCCAUCAUAACUACUACAAACUAAUGCAGCGUAUUUGAAAGCCACUCCCCUUUUUUCCAACAUCUCCCUCUCCAGACCAGACCAUCCCAAACGGGAUAUCGGAUAUCUACUUCUCGUUUGUCCAGCGACGGCUCAGAUUUCCUGUUUUCGAGAGGAGUGACCUCCGAAUUGCACAAUCAUCCAAAUCUCGGAGCAGUGACUCAGUAGCUUGCUGUUCGGUUCGGGUGUGCAGGUGGGCUCCUCCUCCACAGUGAGAGCGGAGCUUUUCGUUGCAUUGCGCUGUGUACCUUUAAAAGGUUAAAUUCUUCGGUCUGUGAGCGCUGGAUUGUGUCUCCACUCGACUUGGCAUACCCACUCGGCUCAGCUGUGUGUUUGUGCGCGCGCGCGCUGUUCUUCCAGCUGUGACAUGGCACAGAGGCUGCGUGUACUCUCAGCAGCAGCAGCAGCAGCAGCAUCCUAAACCAUGGACGCUCUCGGGAACGCAGCCAGCGCGGCUCGGGGAACCAGGACGAUGCUGCUGCUGGUCUGGACCUUACUGAACGCGGUGUCGGGACUAAAGGCGGACGACGGCGGAAUGGUGGAGGAACUUGUAACUGAGAAGGAGGCAGAGGAAAGUCACCGACAGGACAGUGUCAAUUUGCUGACAUUCAUUUCGCUGCUGACUCUUACCAUCCUCACUAUAUGGCUCUUCAAGCACAGGCGGGUUCGCUUCCUUCACGAGACCGGGCUGGCGAUGAUUUACGGCUUGCUGGUCGGUGUGAUCCUGCGUUACGGCAUUCCAGCCACCAGCUACCACAACAAGACCCCCCCAAGCUGCUCGCUGAAGGAAGGACCUUCCAGCACCCUGCUGCUCAAUGUCAGCGGCAAGUUUUUUGAGUACACCCUGAAAGGGGAGAUCAACUUCAGGGAGAUCCACAAUGUGGAGCAGAACGAUAUGCUGCGCAAGGUGACCUUUGACCCUGAGGUUUUCUUCAACAUUUUGCUCCCUCCGAUUAUUUUCCAUGCUGGAUACAGUCUGAAGAAGAGACACUUCUUCAGAAAUCUUGGCUCCAUCAUCACCUACGCCUUUCUCGGCACUGCAAUUUCAUGCUUUGUUAUCGGGAAUCUGAUGUACGGCGUGGUGAAGCUGAUGAGGGCGGUCGGACAGCUGACUGAGAAGUUCUACUACACUGACUGCCUUUUCUUUGGGGCCAUCAUCUCCGCCACAGACCCAGUGACUAUGUUGGCGAUUUUCAACGAGCUCCAUGCAGACGGGGAUCUGUACGCUCUGCUGUUCGGAGAGAGCGUCAUGAAUGAUGCUGUGGCCAUUGUCUUAUCCUCCUCCAUCGUGGCCUACCAGCCUGCUGGUGCAAACACACACAUGUUUGACGCCUCUGCCUUUUUCAAGUCUGUGGGAAUUUUCCUGGGUAUUUUCAGCGGCUCGUUUGUGAUGGGCGCAGCCACAGGCGUCGUCACAGCUCUCGUCACCAAGUUCACCAAGCUGCACUGCUUCCCUCUGCUGGAGACGGCGCUCUUCUUCCUCAUGUCCUGGAGCACGUUCCUGCUGGCCGAGGCCUGCGGCUUCACUGGUGUUGUGGCCGUGCUGUUCUGUGGCAUCACCCAGGCUCACUACACGUGCAACAACCUCUCUGAGGAGUCUACAAAACGCACCAAGCAGCUCUUUGAAGUUCUUCACUUUCUGGCUGAGAAUUUCAUCUUCUCGUACAUGGGCUUGGCUCUGUUCACCUUCCAGAAGCACAUUUUCAGUCCCAUUUUUAUCAUUGGAGCUUUUAUAGCCAUAUUUAUCGGCAGAGCUCUCAACAUUUACCCGCUGUCCUUCCUCCUCAACCUCGGUCGAAGGGACAAGAUCAGGGGAAACUUCCAGCACAUGAUGAUGUUUGCAGGUUUACGCGGGGCGAUGGCAUUUGCCUUGGCUAUCCGGGACACUGCCACCUCCGCCCGGCAGAUGAUGUUCACCACCACGCUGCUCAUAGUUUUCUUCACCGUCUGGGUGUUCGGUGGGGGAACCACACCCAUGCUCUCCUGGCUGCAUAUCAGAUAUUGGAACUGCAAAAGAUUUCAGGACGAGCGCCGCCGCCACGGAAAGUGGGAAUACUCCAGGGUCGGUGUGGAUCCAGAUCAAGACCUGCAGCCCUCUGGCGACAGCUUCCAAGUCCUCCAGGGGGAUGGAAACCAGGAUGAGGGCCAGAGUAAAACCCAACAGGAGAGUGCCUGGCUCUUCAGACUCUGGUAUACAUUUGAUCACAAUUACCUUAAGCCUAUUUUGACACACAGCGGUCCACCUCUGACCUCCACUCUGCCCAGUUACUGUGGCCCACUGGCGAGUUGCCUUACCAGUCCACGGGCAUAUGAAAACCACGAACAGCUAAGGGAUCCCGACACUGACUUGAUCCACAACGACUCCGACCUGACCUUCACAUUUGGCGACACCGCCAUCACCGCCAACGGGGCGUCCGCCAGCAGGGCGGACGCCGCCGGGGGGUUGGGCUGGAGCACAAAUGGAAAGAGGAGCGGCAGCACGUCAGAGGAGGCCCUGGAGCGGGAGCUGGACUCCCGCGAGCAGGAGCUGCUGAGCCGAGGCACACGCCUGGUUUUCCCCAUGGAGGAUCACAUCUGACCUCCCCGCCUCGUCCGAGCCAGCCGCUCUCCCUGGCCUGACCCUCACCCGCACCAUCUUGCCAUCAGUUCUCUCCACUUUCACAUGGGCAGAGUGCCCAGCGCUUCAGAGAUGAGACGGAUCUGAGAUAUGGGAUCUGACAGGAGGGGAAGGGUUCAUCGUGACCUGUGGCUCCAUCAAAGCCAGGGGAGCAGAGCUCCAGGAGCAUUUUAUCCUCAUUAGAUAAGAAGUUUAUUCCAAAGAAGACACAAUGCCCCUGUGGUGUUGAGGGAAAAGAAGAAGAAGAAAAAAUCUUGCUGCUGCUGCUUUACAGACUGUGUUCUCUACAGAAGAGGAUUAAAAACUUUUUUGACAGAAAAUGGAAACAAUGUCAGCCCAUACAAGACUAUCUGCAUGUUCAACACUUUGUAGUUGUGCUGGAGGAGAAAAUGGGGCUCAUGGUGGGAUGUGAGCAGUGUGUCUUCAUAGUUCAGAAACCACAUAAAAAGACUUUGACUAAAGAGUUUUUUGGUAAAAAUCUACCUGAAGACAUUUACUGCUAAAACCACAGUUUCUGGUUAUCUUGUGAAACAUCUACUGCUGAGGACGUAAAGGGACCGUGAAGGUGUUUCCAACUCAGUCAUGAUUCAAUACAAGCAUCUUAAUACCUAUAGAGCUGGGCUUUGUUUCUCAUUGGUUGAACUGUUCAUUGAAGGCCUAUUGCAUUUACAGAUGGUAUGUGAACAACUUGUCAUUCAGUUGACUUGGAUCAUCUUCUGUGUUAAACUGUAUCUCAUGACACAACUUAGAAACCCUGACAUCUUUAAAUUCCAUUAAGGAAUAAAAAAAAGGGCAUGAGGAUUUAUCUAACAUGAUUAAAGACCAGCUUACACAGUGAAGUAAAGAGCUGGUCGCUGUAGCAUUCCAUCUCAGCAUCGUCUUUUGAAUGUUUCAAGCACUUAUCACAGCUGCAAAACGUUUGACAAAGUGCGUAAAUCUUUACAAGGUGGAUAUUAGAAUUUUAAAGUGUUGGAAUAUUUAUAUUUUAUAACAAGUGAAAUGAAUUAUUCCAGUUUGCUAACUUAACAGUGUUUUAAUGGGAUACCAUUUCCACUACUGCAGUAUGAAUAUCACUAUAAAUACUUUUUUCUUUUUUUACUUUAGCGGCUCACUAUAAGGCCAAAAUUUUGUUGUGAAAAAUGCCAUCAAAAUUAAGUAGUGCCCAACAGAGGUUGGCUUAGAUUGUCCUUAAAACAUUGACACUUCAGAUUUAUCAGAAUAAUAUUUUUUUUCUUUUUUUACUUCUUUUUUAUUGAUGCGGCUUAUUUUAGCUUAUAGGCCAAGGAAGAGCUAGCUCAGGUAGCUUAGACAGCAUCUUUAAGGCUUCAUAAUUAGCAUGUAGGUAGUUUGUUACAGCUGAAAAAAUAAAGUGUUAAGCAGGGGUAGCUUCUAGAGACGCAUGUGUACAGGUUUCACACAGAGUAAAAAUGUGUUUAGAAAAGGAAGGAAAUUUUACUGCACGUUUACCCUCGCAUCCCAGCUUAUUUAACAUGAAAACCCAUAAUAAAAUCAGAACACAUUUCCAUCUAUAUAAACACAAAUAUUUUGAAGUAAAAAAAACAUUUAGAAAUCAUAUUCUUGAUUAUUGUUAUUUUUUUAAUUAUUAUCUUUAGAGAUGGGCUGUAUGUUUCAUCUUGAGGAUUUUUUGUUAUUUUGGCCUCUGGAGGAUUAUGCAUCAGAAAAAUUAUUGUUCAAAGUAAACAUUAGUAGCAUUUCCUCUCUAGUAAAUAAUUCCCAAUCACUUUACACUUAGAUUGGAUUAUUGCUAUGACAGGACAGAACCCAGUUAGCGAUCUCCCUUUCCCGCUGUACACACACUUGGGAAAGUGUGUGUACAGCCUUGGAAAAGGGGGUUUGUGGUGUUGAAAGUGUAAAAUAAAUCUUGUGUAUCUAUCAAUUGGAAAUUGACGACAGUACAUAGUCAAACAGUCAAUUUCUAAUUUCAUAAUUAAUUGUAUAAUCUAUACUAAUACAUAGAUUUCACCACGAAUAUUGAUUUAUUCUUUUUUUUUUAGGCUGACUUAUUAAAGAUGUAAAUUUUAUUAAACGGAAUCUCAAACUGUUUUCGGUGGUCAUCACAAUGAGCUCAGCUCAAUGCAAUCGAAUUAUGAUGCUAGUAGCAUCAAAAUUCGAUCGCAAUGAAAUUUGGCACAACAGUGGCCGAGUCGUUCCUCCGCUCUUACAUCAUUGGUCCAAUUUCAAUGAGAUAAAGGACGUAAACAGGAUAACGGCAUAUAAUUACUCGUUUUUAGAACUAAGAAAUUUCAUCUCAAAGAUUCUUAGUAUAUUAAUAUAGGAUCAGUUGAGGUUUCUGCUGGUUUGCUACCGGCGAAAACUUCCCAUUUGCACAUUUUCCUUCUGAAGAUGGUGUAUAAAACUCCUGCCCCCCCCCCAAAAAAAAACAAAACACGAGCAGUGAUUUGUGUUAAAGCACUCUUGGCUCUUUAUAGCCUGUGGAGGAGCCUGAGGACAGACGUUUGUUUUCACUUUUACACAUAUAACUGAGCUGCUUCCUUUUUUUUUUUUGUUGGUUUGUUUUUGUAUUCACCACACAGCCCUGUCUAGCCCUUUAAAUCCACCUUUCCACCAACACCAAGUAGCUGCUGCAUUUAUGCAUGAGUACACGGGGGCAGGUGUGAAAGGCAUGACUGUUGGAGUUGAAUACAAGGCCUUUUACACCGGGGGACAGUCUCAAAGCAAGUUUUACGGCUCGCCAGAGACGUCCGGGAGGAAAUGAAUCUGGUGGAGUAAGCUGUUGCCAGGUUGUGCACAGAGCAGGCCUUUUAAACCGAGCUGCUGCAAGAAGAAGUGCUGCGAAGCAGAAAUAAUCUCAGCCCUUCACAGUCUAGUGAUUAUACACGACUGUGAAAACUUGUACAAUUUUAAACAAUCACCUGUUCAUAGCUACUAAACACAGCUAACGCUUAUACUCUGGAAAAAAGUGGGAUGAAAACCUUGCAAAUUAACUUGUGUGCAUAAAAUGAAAACAGACAACGGAGAUGUUUUCGCUUCGUGAUGAAAACGUCCCUUUCGGUCUUUCCUUUAUUUGAAGACAAUUCACAGAACAGGAACUUGCAUGGAUUGAGACAUGAUGUAGUGUUGUCCCCGCAAAAGACAAGAGGGAGUACUUAACAGACAAGCAAACCCAAGAGAGUCACACAGUACGGCAAGCAGAGGACACUUGUUGGACUCUUUGCUAAUAUUUCAUGUGCACUUUUCGCCCUCCGCACUGCUGUGCUGUCAGUUGUCCUGUCGGCUAUAUUUAAACCCUCUCUGCACCUGAGAAAUAUGAGAUGUAGCCAAAGUGUCAAUAUGUGCACCUGUCGUUUCCAGCGGUGGCUGGUGACAGGUUCUGUGUGCCGUGGUCUGCAUGUCAACAUGUUAAUAAAAAUCUUGAAGUUC